AUGGCAGAUCCUUGGCAAGAAUGUAUGGAUUAUGCGGUUGGCUUAGCAAGGAAAGCUGGGGAGAUAAUCCGUGGAGCACUCAAAGAAGAAAUAUCUGUUAUGACUAAAAGUUCACCAGUAGAUCUCGUGACAGAAACUGAUCAAAAAGUAGAAAACUUCAUUAUUUCUUUGAUAAAAGAAAAGUAUCCUUCUCACAGCUUCAUUGGAGAAGAAUCUGUUGCAGCUGGAGAGGGCAGCAUUUUGACAGAUAACCCCACAUGGAUUAUAGACCCUAUUGAUGGAACUACCAACUUCGUACACAGGUUUCCAUUUGUGGCAGUUUCAAUUGGCUUUGUUGUAAACAAAAAGAUAGAGUUUGGAAUUGUGUAUAGUUGUGUAGAAGACAAGAUGUAUACUGCCAGAAAAGGAAAAGGUGCAUUUUGCAAUGGUCAGAAACUUCAAGUAUCAGGCCAAAAAGACAUUACCAAAUCCCUUCUAGUAACAGAAUUGGGAUCAAAUCGUGAUCCAGAGACUAUAAAAAUAAUUCUUUCUAACAUGGAAAGGCUUCUCAGUAUUCCUAUUCACGG